AUGGGCAACUGCGCCAUCACGCAUCAGGCCACGUCGUGGGCGGACGACGGCGAGUGGGAGCUGCCGUCGCCCGGCGACGACGACGAGGGGCGCGCGGAGCAGAGGAAGGAGCACGUCAGCGAGGUAACCAUCCGUAUCAGCAAGCGGCAGCUGCAGGAGCUGGUGGACAAGAGGGCCGCCGACGACGGGCACGGUCACAUCUGGAAGAGCGGGCGGUCGGCGUCGGAGCUUCUGGUCGACAUCAUGAACGCCGGGGAGGUCCACCACCACGUCGAGCACUGCAGGGCGGCGCACUGGAAGCCCGCCCUGCAGAGCAUCCCGGAGGCGGUGGAGUCGUGA